AUGGCAGUGCUAGAUAUGUUGAAGAAGAAGAAGCAGGGAGACGAGCAAUACCCUCCUGCUCCCCGGCGAGGUGAUUCUGUGCGAUCUUCAUUCACAGCGACUGGGGACACCGCCGACAUUGAGACGGAGAAGGGUCCCUUUGAUGAUGAAUCGAAGGUACCUUUCCUUACCGUGAGGACGUUCUUCAUGGCCGUCCUGGUAUCAUUCGGCGGUCUCUGUUUCGGCUACGAUACUGGUCAAAUCAGUGGUUUCCUGGAAAUGGACAACUUUCUGGAGAAUUUCGCCGAUCAACAGGAUCCACUUGCGUUCAGCAAUGUACGAUCUGGCUUGAUUGUUGGAAUGUUGUCUAUCGGCACACUGAUUGGUGCUCUUGUUGCCGGUCCAUUGGCGAAUAACAAGAAGUUGGGCCGGAAGUAUUCUCUGGUACUCUGGUCCAUUGUCUUCUGCGUUGGUGUUGUCAUCCAGAUUGCUGCCAUGCGACCUCGAUGGUAUGAAGUCAUGAUUGGUCGUAUCAUUGCUGGAUUUGCGAUAGGAGGGAUGUCAGUUAUGGUACCUGCAUAUCAGGGCGAGUCCAGCCCUCGCCAUGUACGCGGUGCUAUCGUUUGCUGCUAUCAGCUUUUCAUCACCAUUGGAAUUUUAAUCGCUUACGCGAUCAACGCCGGCACCGAAAGUAUCCAAAGCACAGCCUCAUGGCGAAUCGUGAUGGGUAUUGGCUUCCUCUUUGCUAUCGCUCUCGGGGUAGGCAUUUUGUUCUUCCCAGAGACUCCACGACACGACUAUAGGAAUGGUAAUAUCGAUAAAGCCACCACCAGUAUUGCCAGAUUCCACGGCGUCUCAGAGAGACACCGGGUCGUCAAGGAUCAGUUGGUCGAAAUGCAGGAGAAGAUGCAGAUUGAACUUGAGGGUGGCCAUCAUCCCUGGUACGAGGUCUUCACCGGACCACAGAUGUUACGCCGCACCUUGCUCGGAAUGACCAUCCAGGCCUUGCAACAGCUCACAGGUGCCAAUUACUUUUUCUACUAUGGAACCGUGGUCUUUUCAUCUGUUGGACUCUCCAAUUCUUUCGUCACACAAAUCAUUCUUGGUGCUGUCAACGUCGUCACGACCUUCCCCGGUCUAUACAUGGUGGAAAAGUUUGGCCGACGAAAAUGUCUGAUGGCUGGAGCUGCCUGGAUGUUCGUCUGCUUUUUGAUCUUUGCCUCACUCGGACAGUUUAAACUCGAGAAUGGUGAUGGCACGAACAAUCAAACAAUCGGCUAUGUUAUGAUUGUCUUUGCUUGCCUUUUUAUCGCCGCAUUUGCCAGCACUUGGGGCCCGAUGGCAUGGGCUGUGAGUGCUGAGCUUUAUCCCACACGAUAUCGUAGUCAGUGCAUUGCACUAUGCGCAGCGAGCAAUUGGCUCUUCAACUUCCUGAUCGCUUUCUUCACUCCAUUCAUCACCGGCGACAUCAGCUAUGCAUACGGUUACGUCUUUGCCGGAUGUAAUCUGUUCGCAGUGUUCUUCGUCUACUUCUUCCUGCCCGAGACCUCUGGAAGGUCUUUGGAGGAGAUCGACACUAUGUUCCUACUGGAAGUGAAGCCGUGGAAGAGCAGCAAAUGGACACCCACCAAAGGCGAGGAUUUGAUCACAGCCGACAAGCUGAGACUCAACUCCGGAGCCAGAGAUAUCACCAAGCGUCGCGAAGGUGGUGGUGCGGAAACUGAGCAGCAAGAAUCGAUUCGAAAUCAUGGUCAGAAUGGGUUCCCACGCACCGAGAAUGUGUCCGGUACACGCGAAUAUUUGGGCGCUGGCGCACGGGGGAAUUCUAUUGCAGGAACACACUAG